AUGUUGCAGAUGACUUUCCGUGUCUCUCUGCCACUUCUCCUGUUGGCGGUCAGAUGUGUUGCAGAUCCAGAAGCGCUGACUAAAGGCUGUGUUUGUGGAUAUCCUGGAAUACCAGGGGAUCCUGGACACAAUGGUUCACCGGGCAGAGACGGACGAGACGGGCUGAGAGGGGACAAAGGUGAUCCGGGUCUUGUCGGCUCCACUGGAGCUCCAGGGAAUGAUGGCCAGAAAGGAGAGAAAGGGGAAUUUGGUGCAAUAGGCCCGGCGGGGCUCAAAGGGAAACGAGGUGAGAACGGAGAGCGGGGGCCUCCUGGGAAAAUGGGGCCUCAAGGUGUGCAGGGUCCUGUCGGCCUGAAAGGAAGUAAAGGGGAGCUCGGGCUACCGGGACCCCAAGGACCUGUAGGAGAUGCAGGGCCUGCCGGACCACAAGGUGAAAAAGGGGACGUUGGCCUCCGAGGUGACAGAGGCAUUCAGGGACCUCUGGGGCCGCCUGGCAGACCGGGCCCCAAGGGCGAGAUUGGUGUUCCGGGACACAAAGGAAAUAUCGGCUACCGCGGGGAAAGAGGAGCUCGAGGAGAGAAGGGAGAUCAGGGCGACAAGGGUGACGCCCCCGUUAUUUCAAAAAGCGCCUUUUCUGUGGGACUCACCGCACACACUAAACUCCCAGCGGCCAAUGCGCCCAUCAGGUUCGACAAGAUCAUUUACAACGAGCAGAAUCACUUCGACCCGGCGACAGGGAGGUUCACCUGCGCCGCGGCGGGCGCGUACUUCUUCACCUACCACAUCACCGUCUUCUCCAGGAACGUGAAAGUGGCCCUGGUGAAGAACGGAGCGAAAAUCAUCCACACCACGGACAACUACCAGAGCAGCGAGGACCAGGCAGCAGGGGGCGCCGUGCUGCACCUGGAGGUGGGGGACAAGGUGUGGCUGCAGGUAGCAGGAGGGGAGCUCUUCAAUGGCCUCUUCGCUGAUGAAGAUGAUGACACCACUUUCUCUGGCUUCCUCAUUUUUGGAGCGUGA